AUGGCUGAUAGAAGAGUUUCUUACCAACUUCCUUCAAUCGACAACCAAAUCGAUGAAAAUACCAACUUUGCCGAGGCAAAUAAUCAUCAGAAUACCCCGUCUCCUUCAUCAGCAGACUAUGCUGCUGUCAUUGACUCGACAUUGGGUUCCGCCGCCGCGUUAAGUGAGAGCCACCAUAAUAAUAACACUAACAAUAAUAACCAUCAUCCAACCUCGUCAAACCUCCCUCAUGUUCUUACCAAAGGCGGUGGCUCGAGAGUGACGAAAGUUGAUCAAGAUCGCAAGCAUUUACACAUUAGAUCGGAACAACGAAGAAGAGAACGAAUAACAGACGGAUUUUCCCAGUUGAGAGCGGUGGUUCCUACCGUGAGAUCAGGUUACGAUUCCAAGGCAUUGGUGUUGAAGAAAUCGGCCGAAUACAUCGAGGCGUUGGAAUAUGAGGUGAGCAAUUUGAAGAACCAAUUGAUUGCCCUCGAGCAGUUUUACAAAAAUAAUGGCAAUUCCAACAACAAUAAUGACAAUGUCAAUAACGAUAAUAACGAAUUUAAUGACAAUAGAGAAAAGAAAGAUGGUGAAAAAGUUUCCAAUGAGGAUACCAAGUCAGAAUCAAAGGACAAAAACAAUAGUGAUGAUAAUAACAGUAAUAACAAUGGCCAUGGUAAUAUGCAAAUGAUGUUCCAUCCGCCAUUUCUACCACCUCAUCCUCAUCCACCAUUUGUUCCUGCUGGCUUCAUGCCGCCAAUGUUCCCAUUUAUGAGCCCAAUAAUUGGCACUCCUAUCGGACCAAACAAUCCUGGAAACCCAGACCAGAAUAACCACAAUGGCACCAUGGGUCAGCCUGCGACAUUGACCGCUGCUCAAACCCAACAGAUUACCAACCAAGCUUCGGUAGCUGCCGCUGCUGCAUUGAUGCAACCGACAGUACCGUAUUACUUUGCCACUGACUUCACUUCCAAAAGAAAUCAAAAGCCAGAUGACAAGAAAGAAGAUAAUGCCGCCACUAAAGAGACCGCAGCUAAUGAUAGUGAUAAAGAAAAAUCUUCAGGAUCUGACAACACUGGUGACGACAGAAAGGUGAAACCAGAAACUUCAAAUGAAGUUGAAAUGAAUGUGGUUGAUGCCGUAAAUGCCUUUGCCGUUGCCGUUGCUACUAACAAGCUUAAAGAGGCAGUGGAAAGGGUGAAUCUGAAUAAUCAGGAGGCAUGA